AUGUUAGAAAGCUCGGAGCCUUCCUUAUCACCUCAAUGUUGUAUCUAUAGGGUUCCACAUGAUGUUCGCAAAUUGAACGAAGAAGCAUAUACUCCUCAGUAUAUAUCAAUAGGGCCUUUUCACCAUGGUGAUAAAAGAUUGGAAACCAUGGAAAAGCUUAAAGUGAGAUAUUUUAAGCGAUUUGUGAAAAAGGCUGAUUUAAAGGUGAAGGAAUUAGUAGGCAUUGUAAGGUACUACGAAAGAGAAGUCCGUUGCUGUUAUGCAGAGAGUAUUCAGCUUAGCAGUGAUGAUUGUGUGAAAUUGAUCCUAAUGGAUGCGAGCUUUAUUAUUGUGUUAUUCUUGAUAUGUGAGCUUGAAGAAUGGAGUAGUGACGAUGACUUCUUAGUAUUUACACCACGAAUGAUUAUGAAAAUAUCUUAUGAUAUGCGGUUGCUUGAAAAUCAACUUCCUUUCUUUAUUAUAAAGGAAAUAUUCGACUUUGCAUUUGCUAAGUCAAACUUCCCUUCCUUCGCUCAACUUACCUUUAAAUUCUUUUCAGAUUACAACACUCAAGAAAUGUCUCCUGAUUCCAAUUUGGAAAUAAUUCACUUCCUUGAUUUGUUGAGAACCUUUUUUUUGCCUCCUAGGCCACCAGAAGGAGGAAAUGAUGUUGGAGGUAAGCCUUUGUACAGUGCAAGCCAGUUGCAUGAUGCAGGAGUGAAGUUUAAGGUGGGCUCAAGUAAAUGCUUAUUUGACUUAAAAUUCACAAACGGAGUGCUAGAAAUACCACACUUAGAAUUAUACAAUAAUUCAGAGUCUCUUUUUCGAAACCUCGUGGCCUUGGAACAAUCUCACUCUGUGUAUGAUGCUUAUAUUACCGAUUAUAUUAUCUUUGUAGAUUCCCUUAUCGAUACUGUCAAAGAUGUAGAUUUACUUGUGCAAAAGAAGAUCCUGUUUAAUGGUUUAGGCGACAACAAUGCAGUGACAACUUUGGCCAACAAUCUGGGCAUAAAUGUUUUAUAUGGGUACUCAAGGUCCAUCUAUUGUAAUCUCUAUAAAGAUUUGAAUACAUUUUAUGAGGAUCCUCGUCAUAUUUGGAAGGCUACCUUGAGACGUGAUUAUUUUAGCACUCCUUGGAUAACUGCUUCUACUGUAGCUGCUAUUAUCCUUCUGGUACUCACUCUCAUACAAACUGUAAGCUCUAUUAUCUCAUUAUGAUCAUUUGAAGUUUGUGUAAUCCGAAUGGUAUUGGAUUGCAUUGUGAUAGUAUUUCAUUGUUUUAGGAGUCCGAGGUUUGUGGAAAUGUAGUCUACAACUUUGAAAAUUUAAAUUUGACCUCGAUCAGUACUAAA